AUGGGAAAUGGUAUGGCUGACUAUGCAAAAGAUGCUGUGCAUAACACAUAUGGGGUUAAGACCCUUAAAGAUUUUGAUGAGUAUUGUUAUUAUGUUGCCGGCUUAGUUGGUGUUGGCCUUACCCGUUUAUUUGCUGAAAGUGGACUGGAAAGUUCCGAACUUGUAAAAGAUACUGAGUUGUCAAUUCAUAUGGGUUUGUUUUUACAAAAAACGAACAUAAUUCGUGAUUAUUUGGAAGAUCUUCUUGAUGGACGUAAAUUUUGGCCACAAGUUAUUUGGUCAAAUUAUGUUAAAGAUUUUUCUGAUCUUAAAGAACCUGGUUAUAAAACUCAGGCUCUUGAUUGUCUUUCAUCCAUCAUUCUCAAUACCCUUCACCAUGCUCCUGAAUGCUUAACUUAUAUGAAUAAGCUUCAAAAUAAAUCUAUUUUCAGUUUUUGUGCCAUCCCACAAGUAAUGGCAAUUGCAACUUUGGCAUUAAUGUUUAGAAAUUAUGAUACAUUACAAAAAGUUGUUAAAAUUAGAAGGGGAGAAUCUGUUAAGGUAACUUGUUGA